UCCAUCCAGGAAGCUCCUAAUAACAGCACUCCAAUGGCCCCCACCUUCCUGCUGGUGGGCAUGCCAGGCCUGUCAACUGCACCCUCCUGGUGGACAGCCCCUCUCAUAGCUGUUUACCUUCUCUCUGCCCUGGGAAAUGGUACUAUCCUCUGGAUCAUUGCUCUGGAGCCCACUCUGCACCGUCCCAUGUACUUCUUCCUCUUCCUGCUUGGUGUGUCUGAUGUUGGCUUAGUUACAUCCCUGAUGCCUACCCUAUUGGGGCUUGCACUUGCUGGUGCUCAUGCUGUCCCUGCCUCAGCAUGCCUCCUCCAGAUGUUCUUUGUCCAUGUCUUUUCAGUCAUGGAGUCCUCCAUCUUGCUUGCUAUGGCCUUUGACCGGGCUUUGGCCAUCUGCCUCCCUCUUCGCUACCCAGCACUCCUUACCAGUGGUGUCAUUACCAAGAUUGGCCUGGCCAUUGCUUUCCGAUGCCUGGGCCUCCAUCUGCCUCUGCCAUUCCUCUUAGCCAACAUGCGCUAUUGUCGCCCACAGGUCCUGACCCAUUCUUAUUGUUUACACCCAGAUAUGGCCCGUCUGGCCUGCCCAGGAUCUUGGGGUUCCAUCUACAGUCUCUGUGUGGUCCUGUCAGCCAUGGGAUUAGACCCUUUGCUCAUUUUCUUCUCCUAUGGCCUCAUUGUCAGGGUUUUGCAAGGCGUGGGGUCCAGCACGGACCGCUGGAAGGCAGGUCAAACCUGUGCUGCCCACCUCUCUGCUGUGCUCCUGUUCUACGUCCCUAUGAUCCUCCUGGCGCUCAUCAACCGCCUGAAGCUGCCAAUCCCUCCAUCUGCACAUACUCUUCUCUCCUAUGUCCAUUUCCUACUUCCUCCACUGAUAAACCCCAUUCUCUACAGUGUCAAGAUGAAGGAAAUUAGAGAGAAAAUACUAAAGAGGUUGCAGCCCAGGAAAGUGGGUUGUGCUCAAUGA